AUGUGUUCACGACGGCUGGUAGGUAAGUAUUUUUCUUCCCAAGAAUGGCAUUUUAGUAAAGUUGCAAGGCAUGACACCAUUUGGUCACUGAAAGCUUUUUUGAUUUUUUCAAAAUUCAUUUUCAGUGAACUUCAAAUAAAAUUUCAGAUGAAACAUUUUCCAUGAAACUAAAGCAGUCCGUGCAUUUGCAGUUGAGCUGGCAUUCAGUUUCAGAAAAUGAUCUAUAAAAAAUAAAGAACAUGAGAAAUUAUAGCCAAAUUCGUGGGCAUUGUUAUACUGAGCAUUGUUAUUCACAGUUAUGAAUCCGAUGUUUGAGCAAUCUGUGCCAUAGAAACUGUGUAACUUCUUUCCCCGUUUUUAUGUUUGCAUUCGGCUUCUUUUAUUACAUGCCAAGUUGUCGUAGAAGGUACACACGUCACUCUGUUUCCUUUCCUUUCAGCCGAAAGAGGCAAGACCUAUUAAACCAAUCCAAUAACUUUUUUAUCAACUAAAACGUGGAUGAUUACACAGUUCUUCAACAUUUGUCGCGUAUCGAUGAUUGCGGCGUUUAGAUAAUUGAAAGGGUGAUCACACUUCGGAACGUUUCCAGCGAAUACAGUAAUCGGUUUAGAACAUAAUCGUGGGUUAUGGGUUACUGUUUCAAAAAGCUUUAGAUGGAAAAGUAGAAUUGCACGCAAAACUUCCCUCUAUUCAUAUCAUCAUCACCUUUGAGUCGUCUAAUCGAUUCAACUACUGAUCAAACAAAACGGCAUGUCACCGAUUCGAUUCCAACAGUGCACAAUGAUUACGAUAGGGUGUAACCGCUGUGGAAACAUGAAACUCAAUUGAAAGAUAUGAGUCAGAGAGAAAGAAUCGGAGGGAGUGUCUUUCGUUGAUUAGCUGAACCGCUCCACUCUUUGCUCCGUGUCACACCCCAAUGGGUUCUACCGUUCUUUUAGCACUACUGGCGUUCUGCGCCGCUGCCAGUGCUGUCGACACAGAAGGUACCAACUUUGUCUUUGCCUUUGUCCGAAAUGCCAACAACAACAUCACUAAUCAAGUUCUCUCUGCCACAGGUACCGUUUCCGAUCCAGAUCUUUUAGAAGGUUGUUUAUUUUUAUUUUAGUGCUCAACCGCAAUUCUGAAGACUGCAAAUUCACAUUGACAUACAGACCAGACUACCAUAAGACUACUCCAGCAGAGAACAUCACGCAGACAGUGCCAUCUUUGUCCGCUAUUAAUGUUUGUUCUCUUGAAUGCCUAAAUUUGGCAAUUAUUCUCAAUGUUUCAGGUUGAUAUUCCUUCUUGGUACGGAUGGGAUUAUGCUGGAAACAACGUUCAGGAUGAUGUCUUCCUGACUCUUACUGGAUAUUCCACGUGCUUGGUCACUGUUCUUGCCAACAAUUAUGACAAUGUGACUCAGCAAGGAGACACGUACUUGGGUGAUUACACUGAUGAUUUGGUUUUGAUUAUCAAAAAAGUUCAGUUCUGCCCGCAACUUGGGGAUCUCAGAGUUUCACAUUCUCUUUGCCACCUGCAGUAAUAUCCUUAGACCAGCAAUACGAGCAAGUCUUUGUUCUUCCCACCAGUGAUGUACAUUUUUAGUACUUUAUAGUCAAAUUUCGAUUAUGCGCUUUUUAAGGGAACGACACAGGUUAUAUUUUCUGAAAUUGGAAAUACCCAGUCUGUGUUUUACUUCAAUGCAACCUAUGGGGACUCUCCUGCAGUUUACGUUGGAGCUAGUACUCCAGAUUCCCGCCCACGCACAUAUCAUGUUAUCACUGAUAAACCAGUUCUGGUAAGUUCAUAAAAUUGAUCUCUCGUGCUCACUUUGUCUAUUCCUUUCCCUAUUAAGAUUGUUGCCGGAGUCACUUGUGCCGGAGUGGAUGCAAAUACGUGUGAUCAUGUGGCAUAUAUGCCUCAUCCGCCAGCAGCAAGCGGUAAGCUUUACAAAUAGGCUCCUAAUUCUUUUCGUGUUUGGGAUAAUCCUGGAUUGUACUCUUGUGUGAAAAGAGUAUUACAAAAGAUUAUUUUAGAUUGCUAUGCAUACGAUUAUUACGACGAUGAUCAUAUCAGUUAUCUCCCAACUACAAGCCAAUUCUUCACAGACAUUCCAGGAACUUGUCUUGUCAGACAGAAUGUAUUCGAGAAACGAAAACUGGAGAAACGGAAAAAUAAUUGUUUUGUUUAGAUCACGGCGACACUGAACGAUGGAACUUACAGCGUUAUGAGUGUAAAAUCACAAAUGGAGUCUCCUCUCUGGACCAUUCAAACUACAAAUACGAACCAAAAAGGAGUUGCAUUCCAUAACGGGUAACUAUCCCAUCCAACACGUGUAUUCUUCAAUUUAUUGCCGAGUUUCAGAGGAACCAACGCGCACAUCGCUCGUUAUUACGAUGGUAGCAAGUACAAUGUGCGUGGAGCCUUCAUCUCUACUGUUCCUUCCAUUCCACAGUUUCACAACGACUAUACUUCUUUCUACACCAGAAACGCCAACGAUUCCGUUGAAAUCUAUUGUACAGUUCUCACAUGCGCUGCUCUAACUCUUGACGGCUCCGGAGUUUACAAUCUUGCCAACGAAAUGACGACUCAAAAGGUUGAUGGAAUUUCGUACUACAUCUUUGUCAUUACUGUUGCGCAACCUGGAUUCCAUCAACUUGAUUUGGAUCCUGGAAAGAAUGGAAAUUACGCGUUCUUUGUGUUCGGAAAGAACGGACAGUAUUCUUAUGGAUAUGAAGGAGGAGUGAACAGUGAGUGGAAAACUGACCAUUAAAAUCCAGGUGGAUCAAUUUUCAGAGCCUACGUUUGUUCUUGCACCGGCUACCACUCCCGGAUCAACAACUAAUAGCACAGCCCCCACUGCUACUCCCAUAACCGUGACUGUUCCGACUGUCACCGUUCCUACAGUCACCGUUCCUACAGUCACCGUUCCUACAGUCACCGUUCCUACAGUCACCGUUCCACCAGUGGUUGGACCAACAAAAUGACAAAUCACGAUGACCACUAUCAAUUUCAGACAACAACCACGACUGCUCCAGGAACCGCAGGAACCACCCCAACUGCUGCCCCCGCCACCGCCACCCCCUCAACCGUUACCCCAGGCACAAGUAAGCAAACGAAUCCAGCGACUUCUCAAUCCGCAGCUACCACAACCGUCCCUGCCACAGCCUCCCCCUCAAUCACAACCCCAGUCACAAGCAAGGCCCCUGCGAGCACUUCGACCCUUCCACCCACUAGUACAGUAGUUAUCACCCCGUCCACUACAACUACCGGAAUGACUGCCACCACUGCAGUCAACACGCCUUCUGUAGCUCCCAUCACUCUCACCUCUCUUCCCACUGCCCCAACCACCCCAAAAACGACAGCUACAGUAGUGCCCACUUCCUCAGUUUCUCCAGUCUUUUCCACCCAAACGCCAGUGGUUACCACUGCAACUACUCAAACUCCAGUUGCCACGUCAACUCCGACUGUGGCUACUGUACCGGCAACACAAACAACUGUGACUACGACUGCUACAUCAACAGUUGUGACAACUGUAACCACUCCGACUCCAGCUGUUAUCAGUAGCACAACGACGGCUCCGAGAACAACUGUGACCACCACCACGACCCAACCUCCAGUAGUGACCACCCAGACAACGCAAACUCCCAUAGUUACCACCCCAACCACUUCCACCCCCACCUUGCGAACAUCAGUGCCAACAACGCCAACUCCAUUAGUUACAACAGUUGUCAGUACAACGCCAAGCACUGGUAAGAUAGACAUAACUUUAGGGUUACACCCUUUAGAAUGACUUUAACUUUCUAAUUUCAGCCGGUCCAGUUACAUCUGCAACGACUGUGACUCCAGCUCAGCCGGGAUCAUCUCCAACCACACAGGCUCCGAUCACAUCCCCAAGUACGGUGCCAGUUGUCACUCAGCCGGCAACUUCUCCAACCACACCCGCUGUUACUAAUCCGACCGCGCCAGCUGUGACUACGCUUUCCACUGCUGCUCCGACAACUCCAACAACUGUGAGAACAACUCCAACUACAACGCGACCCACUACCACCACCACAACUACCACAACUCAAGCGCCCAGUACCACCACUCAAUCUUCUUCUGUUAUCUCACUUGCCCUUCCCGCUGUUCUUACAAUUCUCUUUGCUUUCUUUUAA